AUGAGCAAGUUUGCCGUAUCAAUCGUCGGCGGGGGCGGUACCGUGGGCGCGGCGAUCUUGGACCAGCUGCAACCGCAUUUUGGAAGCUUCGACGUACGCAUCCUGUCGUCCCGUCCGUCGAGCGAUUUCGCCGAAGCGGUCAGGCAGGGCUUCACACAUUGUCAGAUCAGCUACUCUGCGCCCGCGGAAGAGCUGAUCGAAGUGCUGCAAGGCACACAGGCGGUCGUCCUGGCUCUCUCAUCGCAACAGGGCGACAUCGAAGCAACGUCACGUCGAUUCCUGUCGGCUGCCGUGCAGGCGCGUGUGCCAAAUGUGAUUCCGUCCGACUUCUCGGGCGAUCUGGACGCCGAGCAUCUGGAGGAGCUCUUGGUGUGGAACGGUAAGCGUGCCAUACGGCAAUACGUGCGUCAAUUGCAGUCCGCCAUCGAGCAAGACGCCAACAGGCAGCAAGCUUUCUCUUGGGCUUCCAUCAGCAACGGUUCCUUUCUCGAAUGGGCCUUGGCGCGUGGCUUCUCCGGUUUUGACGUCGUCGACCGUCGUGCUCGACUCGUUGACGAUGGCGUCGGUACAUUUGCGACCACGAGUGUCGCCACGGUAGCAGAGGCUGUGGUCGCCGUCCUAGAAAAGUUUCGCAAGCCUGACGGGCAAGCGCUGAACCGUAGCUUUCAUGUAGCCGAUGCCGUUGUCACGCAGCGCCAGUUGUUGGCCUACUUCGAAAAGCACACCGGCGCCACGUGGACGACCACUGCUAUUGAUUCUGACGUGCAAUUGGCCGAUGGUCUGGCCUUGUACAAGAGCGGGCAGAUUGGACCGGGCUAUGGCAAGGUCAUCACAUCGGUCAUCCUGGGUAGGCAAGUACGGUACGCAGACGUAGCCACCUUCAAACGAGAGCGUGUCAGGCAAAACAUGAAGGAUCUCGGCAUCAGAGCCAAAGAAGGAAUCGUAGAGCAAGCAGUUGCUGAUGCGAUUGCCGCUGGACGUGAGGCGAAGUAACACAUUUUGCUCUGUGUGUCUGUUGCCAUUGCAUGAUGAAUUAGACGCAUGUGUUCAUGGCGAAAGAUGGGCACCGAAAGAGAGGCCUGUCGAGCCGACGGCCCGUCAUUGACCGCGCGGUUUGAUGGGGUAUUCUAGCAGCAUGGCAAAAGGCUAUCAGGUGAUGUCAAGGGUUGCCUUUGCGGGCUUGUAGAGGAAUGAGGCGAGCCAGUACCCGCCAAUGACGCAGGCCGAGACAAUGAAGACCCAUUCCUUGAAGCUUGGGCCUUCGACGCCUGCGUGCGACGGGCGUCCAUGAGGUCUCAGAGCGUCGUCGUCGGCCUGUUCAGCAAGACCAUCGAUUUCGACGUUUCGCGGCUCGUAGUGCGGUGGCUUUGUUUGGUGGGAAGACAUGUCCUCGUCACGAGAUUAGAGAUUGGAUCAGAAUCUAGCCAGGAGCUCCUAACAGGAUCUUUACCAUCUGACGGCGGGGGAGAGCGUGGUG